AUGUCGAGUUCCACGCACCCGCACCCUUCGCCCAGCGAGACGUCGCGGACACGCGAAGUUUUCAAAUGUCUAGAGCCCUUCGAAACGUCCAUCCACCCUCUGCAGUUCAGCGAUGGUGAACUCAAAGACAGAGUAGCUGUCGGCAGUGACGACACGGCUUUGGCUGCUUUUGCCCAGCUGGGUGCGCUGCGACUCAAGGCACAGCGCUGCCUCAUCUCGCUCGUGUCAAAGGAUGAAGAAUGGAUCCUAGCCGAGAGUACCAGAACGCUAAGUUUACAGUAG